AUGGUGGACCCCGUACCUGAAGAAGAGAAGGCGGAAGCCGAGCCUGGAGGCUCGGGAGGAAACGGAGCCACUGCGUCCGUGCCCCCGGAUGCGCAGGGCGCCCAGCAGCCCGCAGCCUCUUCGGCCUCUGCCUCGGCCUCCGCGGCGGUGCCCCGCAAGGCUGAAGUCCAGUGCGCAACAGAAGGUGGGCGGCGGGAGCAAUCCCCGCUGCUGCACCUCGACCUCUUCAAUUUCGACUGCCCAGAGGCCGAGGGCAGCCGCUAUGUACUAACCAGCCCUCGUUCUCUCGAGGCCUGCGCCCGCUGCGCCGUCAAACCAGUGGAGCUGCUGCCGCGGGCUUUGGCUGACCUGGUGCGCGAGGCCCCAGGCCGGUCCAUGCGAGUGGCCACCGGCCUGUACGAGGCAUACGAGGCCGAGCGGCGCGCAAAGCUACAGCAGUGCCGGGCCGAGCGCGAGCGCAUAGUGCGCGAGGAAAAGCGGCGCCUCUUCACGCCGUUGGGCCACGCGGCCGCCGCGGCCUCGGCCCCCAGCGCGGGCAGCAGCAGCAGCUGCAGCAGCGCCAGCCUCCCGGCCUCGCCCGCACCCCGUGCGGCCCGCAAGGCGUCCUCCAGUCCGUCCCCGGUCCGACCCAAAGCUCCUCCCGCGAGUUCGCGGACGGGUAGAAAGAGCCACUCACUAGACUCACUGUCCCGCCGCCGAGAAGGCGCCCUCAGUUCUGAGUCCGGCGCGUCGUCGUCAUCCUACAGCGGGGAGAGCCUUCGGGAGCUGCGCUGGCCGCCGCGGGCUUCAGCCCGGAGCAGCUGCCCCGCGGGGUCACUAUCCUCAGCCCCCAACCCUCUGGGCCGUCCGUCUGCCCUGGCCCUAGUGCCACUUACGGCCCGCAGCUUCAGCCUCGGCGAUCUGAGCCACUCACCGCAGACAACUCAGCACGUGGAGCGCAUCGUGCGCCAAGUGCGCACGGAGCGGGGACUGCGCGGGGUUCCAGAGCGCGACCGGAAGAUCGCAGCGCUGAUGCUGGCGCGGCACCAGGAGGAGCGCCUGUUGCUGGAGCAGCGCGCCGCGGCGCACGGCCAGUGGGAGCAGCAGCGCGUGCGCGCAGAGCAGCGGCGGGAGCGCGAGGAACGCGAGAAGCGGCGCUCCCUGGAGCAGGGUCGUCGAGCCUGGGCAGCUCAGGUGGAGGAGCGGCGCGGCCGCCGGGGCCGCGAGGAGCGCGAGGCGGCGCGGCGGCGGCAGCGCCAGUGCGAGCUUAGCGAAGAGCGGCGGCGGGAGCUAGCGGAGCGCCAGAGCCUGCUGCGACGCGAGCGGGCGGAGCGCGCGGCCCAGGAGGACCGGCUGCGCAAGCUUCAGCAAGAGCAGAACCUAAAGCAGCGGGAGGAGGGCCUGAAGCAAGGGCGCGAGCGGGCUGAGCAGGUCCUUAAGGAGCGCGCCCAGCGCGCGGCUUGUACCAAGCAGCGGCAGGGAGACCAGUUGCAGCGGGAGAAGCGGGAGCUGAGCCGGGCCGAGCAGGCGCGCCACCAGGCGCUGCUUCAAGGUCGGGCCCGCCAGGAGUUCGAGGAGCGCGAGGGCCUGCGGAGCUCCCUGGAGGCCAGCAUGGGUCGCGCGCAGGAGAACUACGAGCACUUGGUGGAGCAGCGCACCCGGGAGCUGCGGGAGCGGGCCCGGAGAGAGGAGCUACAGGGACGGCGGGCCAAGGAGGCAGCGGAGCGCAAAGAGCGCGAGCAUCAGGCACACCUUGAGGCGCUCGCCCGGGCAGGAGAGCGGCGGCUGCAACACGCGACACAAGUGGCUGAGGAAGCGGUGCAGCAAAAGGCGAGGCGCGUGGGCCAAAGUAGGUUGGAGAAGGAGCGAGCCCAGCGUGCCAAAAAGGAGAAGGUGGAGAAGGACGAAGACUGCCGUCGGCGGGAGCUGCUCCAAGCCAUCGGGCGCAAGCUGGAGCGCAGCGAACAGCUGUCGCGGGAACGUCGCAGCGCGCUGGAAAGCGCCCGCUCCACAGCGCGGGCUUCCUUCCACGUGCGCGAGAAGGUGCGCGAGGAAACCAACACUCGCUCCUUCGACCGCAUGGUGCGGGAGGCCCAGCUGCACGCCAGCCUGGACCGCAAAUGACCGCGGUCCUUCGAGGGCCAGACUGCCACGCUCAUCCCUGUGGGGCCUCCCUUGUACACUUUGACCAGGCCGUGGGAGUCCCAAGUUGGGGCGCAGCACAAGCACCUCUCGAGGCUUCUAACCCAUGAGGCAAUAAGAGG